AUGGCUUUUACGGUUUCGAGAUCUGAAUCAGAAUCAGCUUUGACUGCAGAGAGGGAGAAGGGAAGUACAAUGGAUGACCACAACAUAGACAAAGGGGACAAUAGUAAGGACUCUUUGACAGUUAACGAUGGAAUCUCAAGCCAGCUCCAGUUAAAAUCCUUUUCCCAAACAUUUGAUAAACAUGUUGUCCUUCGUCGCAUCAAGAAACGCAAGUCCUAUAACAAAGCCAAAAGCGCUUUUGAAACUCUUCUAGGCACUUUGAAAACCGAGGCAAACACUGCCCAAGAACACAAGUGGCUCCAACAUGAUGACACUUUCUCUUCUCCUUAA